AUGGAUUACCAUUUGGAUCCUAUGAGAUUUUAAAGGAUGUGGAGGUUAUCUCAAAUAUUGGCAUUUCAGCAGGUGUUGUGCUUAAGUCAUCUGAUAUUUAAAUUAAGUUUUGUCUUCAGCCCAUUUAAUAUGAUUAAAACUAGAUUAAUGCUUUCGACAAAGGAUUCGCCAUGUAGAAAUAGACAUCAUUAUUCAGGUUAAUUGAUACCAAUUCAUAAAUUUAAAAAUCGAAGGCCAUACUAAAUUUAAUAGAAUAAUAAAUUAAUAUGGUUUAUGCUGGAUCAUCCAUUAUGGCAUUCAGAACUAGGCUAGGGUCUGCAACUUAAUUGUCUGUUUUUGAAUUCACAUGAGCAUGAAAAAUAAGGGAUCAAAAUCUAAACUGAAUUAAAUAUGUUUGCUAGUGCUAAUGCAACUUUGUGGUUAUGUUUAUUUACAUGUCCUGUUAAAGUUGCUUUGACUAGAUAUUUUAAUUAAUAGUUUUAUAAUGAAAUAAUAGAAUAUAAAUUUAAUUAGUAUAGAAAUUCUACAGUUUAUAAAGGUUGUUCCCAUGUCAUUAAAAUAAUCUUUUAUUCAGAAGGUUUCUUAGGACUGUACAAAGGACUAUGGGGUUUGUUUUUUAGAUCAGGUCCCUAAUCUUUUAUCUCAUUAUUGAUCUUGAAUCAAUAAAAUAAUCUAAGGAAUUAAAAAAAAUAAUGA